AUGGAGGCAUAUCUCACAAAAAUCAAGGAGUUAGUUAGUCAAUUAGCUCUUGCCUCUGCAUUCAUUGAUGGUGAAGAUCAUGUGCUUCUGAUCUUGAACGAACUUCCAGAAGAAUAUGAUGCAUUCAAGACAACAAUUCGAGCUCGUUCCGAAUCCAUUUCAAUGAAUGAACUGAGUUCUCUGCUUCUCUCUGAAGCCAUGCAUAUUGAGUCCAAACAUCACAAAGAUCAUACUGAGCCUACUGUGGCCUUCUCUUAUGUUCGAGGUUCUUCGAAUUACACCUACCGAGGUUUUGGAUCUAGAGGAAGAUCUUCCAGAGGAGGACGAGGAGGUCGAUCAUAUGGAUCAACUGGAUCUCAAAUCAAUCAUUCUCAAAUUCAGAAUUUCUCUGGUUUAGAAUGGAAUCUGUAUAUCAAUGCCCUCAUUUUGUAUUUUGAUCUGAUGUACUCUGGGUUGAAGGAUGGUUGGGGAAAUAAUGGAGGGUUGUGGACAGUUCCAGAAUAUAACAUUAGAAAUGGCUGUGGUGAUGGUGGCAAUAAUAUCAAAGUAAAAAAGGAAGCAGUAUUUCAAGGUGGAGGAGGAGAGGAGUGGAAGUUAGGGAAAAGAGAAGCUAGUGUGUUGAGGUACAAGGAGAAGAGGCAAAACAGGCUUUUCUCCAAACGUAUCCGUUAUGAAGUUCGAAAGAUCAAUGCAAAGAAGCGUCCUUGUAUGAAGGGGCGAUUUGUGAAGAGAAAUUGA